UGACAGAGUGAUGUACAGAUGGAGGGAUGAUGAUGAUGAUGAUGUCAUUCUUUUAAGUGCGCAGCCCUGCUGAAUCCACAUCCGGGUCCUGCGCUGCUGCUGGUGUGCAGAGAUUCGGUCCCGAACACAGCGGACCAAAACAGCGGUCAAACCCGACACUUUCCACUUUUCAUUUACAUUCAGGACGCAGAAUAAAUGGGAAUGAUGCAUCCCUGGUUUAAACAGAUAAGGGUGAUCCUCUCGUUCACAGACUGAAUGCAGAGCAAAACAAUCCGCCAGCCUGUCUCUCUCUCACCACCGACGCGCUCAGUUUAUAUCUCUCUCUUUCUUUUCGUCCUUUUCUUUUAUCUGGUUUUUACCUCCUCCACUACAGAACUCUCCAGGAUUUAUUUUUAGGGGAUUCCUAAGCAGCAGAAAUGGGUGCUUUUCUGGAUAAGCCAAAGAUGGAGAAACACAACGCACAUGGGGACGGCAACGGCCUGCGCUACGGCUUGAGCAGCAUGCAAGGCUGGCGUGUAGAGAUGGAGGAUGCGCAUACCGCUGUCAUCGGUCUGCCCAAUGGCCUGGACCCCUGGUCGUUCUUUGCUGUUUAUGACGGGCAUGCGGGAUCGCAGGUCGCACGUUACUGCUGCGAGCACCUCCUGGAGCACAUCACCAGCAACCCUGACUUCCAAGGUGGAGGCGGAGGAGGGGGUCCAGCCGUGGAGCCCAGCGUGGACAGCGUGAAAUCCGGAAUCCGUACGGGUUUCCUGCAGAUCGAUGAUCACAUGCGGCAGAUCUCGGAGAAGAAGCACGGCGGCUCCGACCGCAGUGGCUCGACGGCCGUCGGUGUGAUGAUCUCACCCCGCCACAUCUACUUCAUCAACUGUGGAGAUUCGCGGGGUUUGCUGAGUCGCGGAGGGGCUGUGCACUUCUUCACACAGGACCACAAACCCAGCAACCCCCUGGAGAAGGAGAGGAUCCAGAACGCUGGAGGAUCUGUGAUGAUCCAGCGUGUCAAUGGCUCCCUGGCGGUGUCCAGGGCUCUGGGGGACUUUGACUAUAAGUGUGUUCAUGGUAAGGGUCCCACGGAGCAGCUGGUGUCGCCGGAGCCCGAGGUGUAUGCUAUCGAGCGGUCGGAGGCGGAGGACGAGUUUAUUGUUCUUGCUUGCGAUGGGAUCUGGGAUGUGAUGGCCAAUGAGGAGCUGUGCGAUUUUGUUCGUUCACGACUUGAGGUGACUGACGAUCUGGAGAGGGUCUGCAAUGAAAUUGUAGAUACUUGUUUGUACAAGGGAAGUCGUGACAACAUGAGUGUUGUGUUGGUGUGUUUCGUCAGUGCACCGAAGGUUUCCCCUGAAGCUGUCAAGAGGGAAGCGGAGCUUGAUAAAUACUUAGAGGGCCGAGUAGAAGAGAUCCUGAAGAGGCAGGGGGACGAAGGUGUGCCUGACCUGGUACAUGUGAUGCGCACAUUAGCAUCUGAGAGCAUCCCCAACCUACCACCUGGAGGAGAGCUGGCCAGCAAGCGGAGUGUAAUUGAAGCAGUAUACAACAAACUUAACCCAUACAGGAACGAGGAUACAAGACUUGACUGAUAGUGUUGAAGAACUGACUGAAAAUCAGGUACCUCAGGACUCUGCAUCCACGGAUGACAUGUGGUAGCCCCGCCACUUUAAACACUGCACAGAGUUUACAACCUUCCAGAACCCUGCACAACAACCUUUCCUACAGGACCCGGCACCAGAACCCUGCACAAGAACCCUCAACUACUACAGGACCUGCACAAGAACCCUACCACAGCCCAGCUCAGCCGCUCUGGACUGUUCGGAGGAAGAGGAGGAGGAAGAGGAAGGGAAUGAGGGCUCCCUCCCCUUGUUCACAUAAUGUUCCCUCUCAGUGCAAGGCAAUGGUACCUUCUGGAAAUUUUCUGCAUACUCUUUUGUCCUGAAUCACUUUCUUCCCAAAACCUUUUAUCCUUAACAUCACCCUCUUUAAAAAAAAAUCCAACACUUUCUUUUUUUUUUUUUUUUUGGUGUAAUUAAUUUGAUUCACAUUUCCUUGUGUGUUUGUAUAUUUCAGCUUUUAUUUCUGUGAAGUGCAAUUGUCUUGUACAAAGAAAAAGCCUGUAUCAAAUGCAGCCUAAGUUUUAAGUUUAUAAAAAAAAAAGAAAAAAAGGCACACCUUUAUGCCCUGCCUGCUUUUGUUUCCUCUCCAACCGCUGAAGCCCAACACAUCUGCCUCUCAUCUGCCUCCCCAUUUUCCUUUCUUUCAUUUAAUGUCUUUUUUUCCUUUUUUUUUUUUUUUUUUUUUUUUUUUUUUAACAAAAACAAAAUAACUUUUUGUAUUGUUACUUUUUAAGUGAAACGGGUAAAUGACAUGGGCUCACAGCACAGUACAGUAAGCUUUUUUUGUAAAUCUCACAGCACAGAUGACAGUAAUCAUGUUCUCUCAGUACUACUGUUUUUCUUUUUCUGGUGGGGUGGGUCUUUUAUUUUUACCCCUUAUUUUUCUGAGGAAACCGCUUUAACUUACUUAAACUAAGCUGAAAUUGUGUGCAUGUUUGGGUGUGUGAGAUUGAGUGCCUCAGAUGAGAAAUCAGUGAUUUGUGUGUGUGUGUGUGUGUGUACUUCCAUAGUGCAAGGUGUGUGUGUCUGUUACCUGAUGGGCUAAAACUGAUUCUCUUUUUUUAUCAUCAACACUAGAACUCUUCUCUACAGUGUUCUGCACUACCGCAGCUCUUGAUUUUUUACUUUAAGUUGGCCUCGGAGCAUCUUAGAGGAUCUCCUGAACUUGCUGGAAAUAAGGCAAUUGUUAAUAAGCACUCAGAACUGAGACAGGCCGUCUUAAGUGAGCGUAUGUGUUUGGUUAUCAAUGCAUAUUGUAUGAAUGGAUGUGUGAGAUUGCAUGUUUAUUGUGCUUAAAAUGAUGUGGGUUUUAAUGGGGAUAUUUAGGCUUUUGACACAAACAUAUAAGGCUUUAGCUAUAGCGCUCGCUCACCCAUCUGCACUGCUGAGAGAGUGAUGAGUGAAUUCAAGUUUAACACUCAACUCUCAGAUUUUUCUUCUUAUACCAUUUGCUUCAUCUUGUUUUGAUUUUAUAUGUUAUGUUUCUUUUUUUGUUUUUGGAUGUUUAUUUUUAUUUUUUUUUUCUCAAAGAACAAAUCCAGUGUGAUGCAGUGAGCUGGCCUGGUUUUGGGCGGAGCCUACAUGUGUUCCUCUGACCAAUAGGGAGCGCAACAGAGUACUGUUUGCUGCUAAAGUGUGUGAUUGAAUCAUUCGUUCAUUCAUUUGAAUGCUCUUAGUUUAUAUUCUCCUGCACCUUUUCACCCCCCCCCCUCCCCCCUCAAUGCUGUAUGUAACAUAAUUCUGAAUUAAUUUAAUUGUAUUGUUUUCAGAGAGAUUGCCGCUUGUUCAUUUGUCCUAAUGAUUGUCUGAAACGUGACAUGAUAAAAUCCAAACCCCUGCGUCCUUACCUCCUUACCUCCCCAAACGAAAUCUUUUAUGUAUGGAAUAGAUUAUAUGAACAGGAAUUCCCUUGCGUCUGAUAAAUAUAAGUUAGCUUUUUGUCUAAUCCCGUAUAUUUGCAUAUUUAAAAAAGGGUAGGUAAAAUGAUCACUACUUUGAGUCUUUUUCGUGAACCUCACAGGGUGAUUAAUAAACUUUUAAAACUAAUAUUGUAACAAAAUGACAAUCUAACAGUGUAUAGCUAAUGUAAACGGAAAGAAAUCUCCUUGUAUCCUCUAUGCUUUCGGCUUGUGUUGUAACACGGGCUUAAAGAUCAUUGUGUUUGUGUGUGGAUUGGUGAGCUGUGUUUUCCCCAGUGGAAGCUGGAACAUUGUGUAAUAGGAGGAUUUAUGAAACGAAUCUAAAAUUAACAGGACAUUUUAGGAUGGUCUUAGAGGCCAGGAUGUUUUCAUGUGUCUUUUUAAGCUUUUUUUUGCAUCCGAAAAGCUGCGUGGAAUCACUUUAGGAAUGUAGACAUGAGGAACGACGACUCUUAAUAGGAUGCUGUUGGUUUGCUUAACCCUCGUUUUGGCUUUAUAAGGACUUUAAACUCUCUCAUGUGAAAAUUGACAAAUGACGUGAUUCUGAGAUGUUUUUGCAAUGCGUUUUGAUGUAUUUAUGCAGUUUUGAGAUCCAUAAAUUGCUAUUAUAUAGGUUCCCCCUCAUCAUUUGUAAGACAUCCAGAUGGUUUUAAAUGGAAAAAAAAAAAAAUUUUAGCUUCAAGAUAGUCAUAAGCACAGGUCCAUUUAAGUGUGGAAAGGUUAUAUAAUGGCUUACGAUGAAACAGACAAACCCAGUUGUAAGUAAUAGAGAUGUUUAUGAAUGUGUUUUUACUGUUAUAUCUUGUCACUCAAGUUGACAAGGGCAUUUUGCAAGGAAUUUCAGUGACUCUUGAUCAGUUGCAUUUGUUAAUUGCGCAUAGACUCGCUUUCUAAAUAUGUCACAAACAGUUUUUUGCCCCGUAUUUUAGGUUUAUGCUCUGAAAUCCUAUUUCUGUGGUUGCUAGCUCUGUAGUGUUUGCUUGGUAGCUCAUUUUAGAUGAUUUAUCCGGACCUGCCUUCUAAUGUAUAAACCAAGUGAUUAAUGCAGCCUUAAUGCCUCCUGCAAAACCCCACCCCCAAACUUUUGGGCUUUACUCUUAUAUUACAGAGCUCUCUACACAAAUACACCACAAUUUUGUGCUAAAGGGAACUAAAUUUUCUAGCACGGUGUGUAAUCCAGUGGUUCGGCCUCACACGUUCUUAUAGACACACGUAUGGUAUUUUACUCUUGUGAAAUUCCACCUCCUACCCCAACAGGAUUAUUUUUGCUGAUUUCAGUCAUCUGCUGUCCUCAUAAGCUAAGCUAUUUUUGUUAAAUAAUUGAUAUGUAUAUUUGUAUUCAUUUAUAAAUAUGUACACAAAAUGAAGUGAGUAAUCAAGGAUAAUCUCUCCUCCCUGUAACCCACUGUGACCCACUGGUCAUCCUCUAACUGUUCCACUGUCCAUUUUUGUUGUUUUAAUCUUUUCAGACUGGAAAUAAACCUAUUUUAUUUGA